UAACUGGGUCAGUCGCGGACGACGGUGACGAUAGGGGGAAAAGAAAAAGAGACCUCUCUCGUCCGUCCAUUAUCGGCGUAGUGCGCGAGCACGCUACGUCCCAAGUGCGUGAGACGUAAGCGCGUACUUACGUCCCGCUAGCCUGCCUUCUAGAAUCACGCUCGCGUGUCUUACCGUCUCCGCCGUACCGUUAGAAAUGCCGGAGAAUCAAAUUCUCUCCUUCUCUCUUUUCCCCCCCCGUUUCCUUUUCCACGCGCGUAGGACAAGGACACAAGUGCAGGUACAAGUGUCACGUAUAACAAGUCACAAACGAGUUAGUUUAAAUGACGUGGUGACGAUCGGUGAUGAUGGUAAAAAAAUUAAUACAAAAAGAAAUUCUAAAAUGAGAUUGGAAGAGGAUCUAGUGAUCCGCAGGAGCCGACCCACGAUGAUCUCUGCCAAAUAUCGCGCCCGCGAGGAACGUCGCCGUCUACUCAAGAUCUCCGCCGGCAAGUUGAGAAGAAUCGAGGAUCCCGAGGCGAGCCUGUGCCGAUCUGUUCUCAUAAAUAACGCGUUACGACGGUUGCAGCGCGAAAACCGGGACGAGAAGACACGGAGUUACGGUACACUUCCAAUGGUGGCGUCAUACAUGGACGACGCCAGCAAGGAGAACACUAUUGCCGGAAACCUCAUCGCCGACGUAACGGACGAGGAGACCUCCUCGAGAAAGAGGUUGGCCGACGAUUCGAGGAACGACGGAUUCAAUUCCAAGCGGCACAGGCACGACGAUGACUUGGACUUACAGGACGAUGUAUUCAGCGACUUCUACAUCUUGCCGCCGACGCCGCGUUUGCUCUCGCACAUCGAUGAGAUUCAACCGGAGCCGGUGGCGUCGCAUCUCAACGGCAAUCACCAUCUGGGCUUCACCGAAGACCGUCUGAAUGGCGGCGCGGCCGACGUGCGAUCGAACGGCUCGAUCCUCGGUACGGGCGGCACCUCCACGACCAACGGCAUCGGUAGCGAUGCGAGCUGUCACUCCGUGCUGUUCCCCGUUGUCGGAGACCUUGACGACGCGAGCGCGCAACUCUCGAGACCAGGAGCCGACAUAAUGGAGGUGGCCGACGUGGUCGAUCCCGAUCGGCUUUGCGACUUUUCCAGAUUCGCCGACUCGGCAAAGACCCUGGAGGAACGGCUGGCCGAGCUGCAGUCUCUGGACGAGCAUUUCGAUCUCACCAAGUUCGAGCGUAACAACAAUCAGAGUUGCGGCCGCGCUUUCCAUGACAUACAGACCUUCCACAGUCUGGUGCCGGGCCUGGAGACCUAGACAGCGUUAGCGUUUUCUCGAGUCGAUGGUAUUGCGGGAUGUCAACGGGGACGGCGAUAAUUCUGCGACACGCAGAAUCGCCUGACGAACAGUCACGACGCGCGAAGCCAUCGUUCGCCUCGUGGCUUGUCCUCAUGUGCUAAUGAAUGGAAAACGCGCGGACGUUGCGAACGAUGCCACGUGUAAACAAGAAAACAUAUAAUGUCGUCGGAAUGCGAGAUAUCGUCGAAUCACAUAAUGAUGAUCGACAGCCAAUGCGGGAUAUCGAAGAUCAUCAUUUGCGAAAGAGGAAAAAA